UUAUGUUGAAUAAUGUUCAUCUUUUAUGUCUCUUUCCUUGUCAUUUGUGGCAGACUGAAGACUUUUGGCCACCGGACUAUUCCUCAACCAACCAGAUUGGAAAUCUUCAGCCUCGUAUUUUAUGAAAGAACCGUACAUUGGAGCAGUUAAGGCUUCAGACCCGGAAGAAUAAAAAAUGUACCUUCUCCAGACUACUUGUAAGCCAAGCUCCACUCCCAUCAACAUCCAAUAUAUAUAUAUAUAGAUAGAGAUGCAUAGUUCAAUAUGUGUGUGUGUGUGUCUCCUGCACUUUUCUUUGUUCUGUAUAUAAGAAAAGGAGAUUGAUCAUAAGAAGACAUGAAAGUUAUAACUGAGUUGUGCUAAGAACUCGGUCGGCAUGAAGGCUGUAUGAACACCUAGCAAGAGGCAAGAGACAGAAAUCAGAGAAAGGAAACUUAUAUAUGAUGGUGAUGAUCAGGACUUCGUUCUCUUGCUUCAUUAUACUAUGCCUCUUGGUACUUGUUCAGAGAUCUACAGCUCAAGCUACAACUGACCCUUCUGAAGUGACUGCUUUGAACACAAUACUGGGGAGAUGGGGCAAGAUGGCAUCAGCAAAAUGGAACUUCAGUGGGGAGCCAUGUAGUGGUGCUGCCAUUGACUCUACUGAUUUUGGCAGCUCUGAUUUCAAUCCGGCCAUCAAAUGUGACUGCUCCUUCUCUAGUGGCACCAUCUGCCACAUCACCCAGCUGAAGGUAUACGCCUUGGAUGUGGUUGGUACAAUACCAGAGGAGCUCAAGAAUUUGAUGUACCUCUUUGAUUUGAACUUGGCCCAAAACUAUCUAACAGGACCUUUGCCGGCAUUCAUUGGGAAUUUGACUGCCAUGAAAUGGCUGACCGUAGGUACCAAUGCAUUAUCAGGGCCCAUACCAAAGGAGCUGGGAAACCUGAAAAGUCUAAUCACAUUGAGUGUAGCUUCAAACAACUUCAGUGGUUCACUACCUCCAGAGCUUGGUAACCUUGUCAAUCUACAGGAGCUGCACUUGAGGAGCUGUGGAGCUAGUGGCGAGAUGCCACCAACUCUAGCAAAGCUUAAGAACCUGAAGAAAUUGUGGGCAAGUGAUAAUAACUUAAGUGGAAAAUUUCCAGAAUUCAUUGGGAAUUUGGAAAAUCUAAGCUCCUUGAGGAUGCAAGGCAACUCUUUCCAAGGUCCAAUUCCUUCAAGUUUUGCCAAUCUUACUAAAUUGACUGAUUUAAGGAUUGGAGAUGUCUUAAGUUCAGGUUCCUCUUUGACAUUGGUUAGCAACAUGACUUCUUUAAGCAUCUUGGAUUUGAGCUUCAACAAUCUAACAGGGCUGUUACCGAGCUCUCUUUUCAAUUUGACGUCGCUUAGUCACUUAUUUCUUGGGAAUAAUAGCCUGUCUGGCAGCCUGCCUGCUCAAAAGAGCUCAUUUCUUCUCAAUGUAGAUUUAUCCUACAAUCAACUUUCAGGAAGCUUUCCUUCUUGGGUUAGCCAGCAAAAUCUACAUCUAAACUUGGUGGCCAAUAACUUUGUGAUAGAUAAUUCCAAUAUCAGCACUCUUCCGCACGGCUUAAAUUGCCUUCAACGAGAUGCACCAUGCAAUCAAGGUUCCCCCAUCCAUUAUUCUUUUGCAAUAAAAUGUGGUGGCAGUCGGAACCUAAAGGCUUCUGAUGGACUUCUCUAUGAAAUUGACAAUGCGGACCUCACCACGUCAUCAUACUUUGUGGCUGAGCUAAACAAGUGGGCUGUCAGCAGUGUCGGCUGGUUUGCAGAUGCUUCAAAUUUUAGCUAUAUAAUCAGCAGUCAAUCUCAAUUCCAGAAUACUCUUGAUCCAGAACUAUUCCAGACUGCAAGGAUAUCACCUUCAUCACUGAGAUACUAUGGACUUGGUCUUCAGAAUGGAAACUACAGAAUAAAACUUCAAUUUGCCGAGAUUUUAUACUUGGAUCCACCUACUUGGAAAAGUGUGGGACGAAGAGUUUUUAAUAUUUACAUUCAGGGAAAACUUGAAGAGGAGAACUUUGACAUAAGAAAGGAGGCUAGUGGAGCCUCAAACACAGCAGUUAUAAAGGAGUUCAUAGCACCAGUAACUAAAAAUUUCCUGGAAAUACAUUUCUUUUGGGCUGGAAAGGGUACCUGUUGUAUACCUACUCAAGGCUACUAUGGGGCCUCUGUUUCAGCAAUCAGUGUAUCCCCUUAUGAUUUCACUCCAAAUGUAAGUAAUCCAGCAGCAACUACUUCAUCGAAGAAGAACAAUACUGGACUGGUUGCCAUUCUUGCAGCCACAGUUGUAGUUUUAAGUCUAUCAGUAAUCAUUGGAGUUGUUAUAUGGAAAAGGAGGCAGAAAAAUGACGAUGAAGAGUUGGUGGAAAUUAGUGCCAAAGCAGACACCUUCAGUUAUGCUGAGCUGAGGGCUGCUACUGGGGACUUCAAUUUUGAUAAUAAACUUGGUGAGGGAGGAUUUGGAUGUGUGUUUAAGGGAAAGCUUAAUGAUGGGAGAGUAGUGGCAGUGAAGCAAUUAUCAGAAGCAUCUCGCCAUGGAAAACGCCAGUUUAUGACAGAGAUUGCAACCAUAUCAGCAGUUCAACACAGAAACCUUGUGAGCCUCUAUGGCUGCUGCAUUGAGGGAAACAGGAGCCUCUUGGUUUACGAGCAUCUAGAGAAUGGGAGCCUUGAUCAGGCAAUCUUUGAUAAGAAGAUAUUUCUUGAUUGGCCUGCUCGGUUUGAAAUCUGUUUGGGAACCGCAAGAGGUUUAGCAUAUCUUCAUGAGGAAUCAAGGAUGCGCAUUGUGCACCGAGAUGUCAAGGCAAGUAAUAUUCUGCUCGAUGCUAAUCUCAACCCAAAGAUAUCAGAUUUUGGUCUGGCCAAACUUUAUGAUGAUAAGAAGACUCACAUCAGUACAAGAGUUGCUGGUACAAUUGGUUAUCUGGCACCGGAGUAUGCUAUGAGAGGACAUUUAUCAGAGAAGGCUGAUGUCUUUGGAUUUGGAGUAGUUGCUUUGGAAGUGGUUUGUGGAAGACGAAAUACAAAUGAAAGCCUUGAGCUAGAAAAGGUUUAUCUCCUUGAAUGGGCUUGGCAUCUGCAUGAGAGGAAAUGUGAACUUGAGAUGGUUGACCCCAUGCUACAAUCAUUUAACAAGGAAGAGGUGACCCGAGUCAUCGGCGUGGCCUUCCUCUGCACUCAGGCAUCACCGGCACUACGACCUCCCAUGUCAAGGGUGGUGGCCAUGCUAUCAGGAGAUAUUGAUGUAAAUGAAGUAACUUCAAGGCCUAGUUACUUGACUGACUGGCAUUCAAAUGACACAACGAAGUAUGCCAGCAGCAGCCAUGCCACUGAAACAUCAGCAGAAAUGUCUGUCCGUGGCCAAGACAUACUCCCAUCAUUGGAAAACAAAGAAAGCUUCCCACCUUCACCCUCUGAUCCAAUCCUCCAUAAAUGCAUGAAUGAGGGAAGAUUCUCCUUUUUUGCCCUGCUCGUGUUGUAUCUCAAGAUUGUCCUGUACUAUAGUCUGUUGUUGAACGUUAACAAAGCUGCACCUUUUGCCUUUGAGAACAGGAGCAUUGAACAAAGACAUGAACUUUCUUUUUCAACUGAGAUCUCAGAGACUUUCUUCCCAAAGCCUGCUCCAAAGCCAAACAAGGGACAAGAAAGGAAGUUUAGGAGGAUGAUGUUGGUGAUGAAAUCUUCCUUUUGUGGUGCUUUUUGUUUAUGCUUCAUCCUAUGUCUGAUGGUACUUGUUCAGAGAUGUUCAGCACAAGCUGCAACUGAUCCAUCUGAAGUGGCUGCAUUGAACACAAUUCUGGGAAGGUGGGGGAAGGCGGCGGCUGCAGGCAAGUGGAACAUCAGUGGUAAUCCAUGUACUGGUUGGGCCAUUGACUCAACCGACUUCGAAAAUCCUAAUUUCAACCCCGCCAUCAAAUGCGACUGCUCCUACGUCAACAACACCGUCUGCCACAUCACUCAGUUGAGAGUGUAUGCCUUGAAUGUGGUUGGUACAAUACCGGAUGAGCUGCAGAACUUGACACAUCUCAUUAAUCUGAAGCUGGAUCAAAACUAUCUUACAGGACCCUUGCCGGCAUUUAUUGGAAAUUUGACUGCUUUGCAAAAGCUGAGUGUAGCCAUUAAUGCAUUAUCAGGGCCUCUCCCAAAGGAGCUUGGAAACUUGAAGAAUCUGAUUGUACUGGGGAUAGGUACAAAUAAAUUUAAUGGUUCACUCCCUUUAGAGCUUGGAAACCUGAGCAACCUAAAAGAAGUGUACAUGGAUAGUUGCGGAGCAAGUGGUGAGAUCCCCCCAGCUCUAGCCAACCUCAAGCAACUAACUAUCUUGUGGGCAUCUGACAAUAACUUCACUGGUAAAAUUCCAGACUUCAUUGGGAGUUGGACAAAUCUAACCGUUUUGAGGAUGCAAGGGAACUCAUUCCAAGGUCCAAUUCCUUCAAGCUUUGCUAAUCUCACGAAAUUGACUGAUUUAAGGAUAGGAGACCUCUUAAGUUCAGGAUCUUCUUUGGCAUGUAUUAGCAACAUGACUUCCUUAAGCACCUUGGUCUUAAGAAACAACAAGAUAUCUGAUACUAUCCCUCAGGACUUCGCAAAAUAUACAAGUUUGCAAAUGUUGGACUUGAGCUUCAACAAUAUAACAGGAACAUUACCUGACUCUCUUUUCAAUUUGACCUCACUCAGUUACUUAUUCCUUGGAAAUAAUAGCCUCUCUGGGAACUUGCCCACUCAAAAGAGUUCAUCCCUUGUCUAUGUAGAUUUAUCCUAUAACAAACUCGCAGGAAGUUUUCCUUCUUGGGUUAGCCAGGGAAAUUUACAUCUGAAUUUGGUGGCAAAUAACUUUGUGAUUGAUGAUUCUAAUAGCAGCAUUCUUCCUUCAGGAUUAAAAUGUCUCCAACAAGAUAUACCAUGCAAUCAUGGUUCCCCAAUCUAUUCGUCCUUUGCGAUUAAAUGUGGUGGUAAUAGAAGCAUGCAGGCUUCUGAUGGAUUCGUAUAUGAAGCUGACAAUGCAGACCUCACCGCUGCAUCAUACUUUGUGACUGAGGAAAAUAAGUGGGCAGUUAGCAAUGUCGGUCGUUUUGCUGAUGCCUCGAACUUUAGUUAUAUUAUCAACACUUUAUCUCAGUUUCAGAAUACUCUUGAUACAGAACUAUUCCAAACUGCAAGGCUUUCACCCUCAUCGCUUAGAUACUAUGGUAUUGGACUUGAGAAUGGAAAUUACAGUGUAAAACUGCAGUUUGCAGAGUUCCUUUACCAGGAUUCAAGUACUUGGCAGAGUUUAGGACGGAGAGUUUUUGAUAUUUAUAUUCAGGGUAAUCUACAAGAGAAAGACUUUGAUAUAAGAAAGGAGGCUGGUGGAUUCUCAGAUAGAGCAGUUGUAAAGAACUAUGUAGUUCCAGUAACUAAUAAUUUCCUGGAAAUUCAUUUCUUUUGGGCUGGGAAGGGGACAUGCUGUGUACCUACACAAGGUUACUAUGGAGCCUCUGUUUCUGCGGUCAGUGCAUCACCUUAUGACUUUACUCCAACUGUGAGCAAUGAACCACCAUCUACUUCAUCGAAGAAGAACCACACAGGGUUGGCUGUAGGGAUUGCGGCUGCAGUUGCAGCUUUAGGACUGAUUGCAAUCUUUGGAAUCUUUAUAUGGAGGAGGAAGAGAAAGCUGAGCAGUGAUGAUCGAGAAGAGUUGCUAGGAAUAAGUGCCAAAGCAGAGAUAUUCAGUUAUGCUGAAGUGAGGAAUGCUACAGGAGACUUUAAUCCUGAUAAUAAGCUUGGACAGGGAGGAUUUGGAUCUGUUUAUAAAGGAAAGCUUUCUGAUGGAAGAGUAGUGGCAGUGAAGCAAUUAUUAGAAGCAUCUCGGCAUGGAAAACACCAGUUUAUGACAGAGAUUGCAACAAUAUCUGAAGUUCAGCACCGAAACCUAGUGCAACUCUAUGGCUGUUGUAUUGAGGGAAACAAUAGGCUCUUAGUUUAUGAGUAUCUGGAAAACAAGAGCCUUGAUCAAGCACUCUUCGAGAAGAAAAUUUUCCUUGAUUGGUCUACUCGUUUCGAAAUCUGUUUGGGGACAGCAAGAGGUCUAGCAUAUCUUCAUGAGGAAUCAAGGUUGCGAAUUGUGCAUCGAGACGUGAAGGCUAGUAAUAUUCUGCUUGAUGCUGAUCUCAACCCAAAGAUUUCAGAUUUUGGUCUGGCCAAGCUUUAUGAUGACAAAAAGACUCACAUCAGCACUAGAGUUGCCGGCACCAUUGGUUAUCUUGCACCAGAGUAUGCCAUGAGAGGGCAUUUGACAGAAAAGGCAGAUAUCUUUGGAUUUGGAGUUGUUGCUCUGGAGGCUGUUUCCGGUAGGGGGAACUGUGAUCAGAACCUGGAGCCUGAAAAAAUUUAUCUCCUUGAAUGGGCCUGGAAUCUGAAGGAGAAGAACUCUGCACUGGAGAUGAUUGAUCCAAUGUUGCCAUCAUUUAGCAAGGAAGAGGUUGGACGAGUAAUCAGUGUCGCCCUUCUCUGCACUCAGGCAUCACCAGCACUGCGACCACCUAUGUCACGGGUGGUCGCAAUGCUUGCAGGUGAUAUCGAGAUAAACGAAGUCUCUUCAAGGCCUGGUUAUUUGACUGACUGGAAGUGGAAUGACAUGAGUAAUUAUGCCAAUAGCAGCAGCAAUGCCGGAACAUCAACAGACAUUUCUUUCCAAACUCACCGAACCAAACCAUCCUUCGAAAUUGAAAACAAAGAAAGUUGUCCACCUUCACCCUCUGAGCCAAUCAUCCACAAUCUCAUCGCCGAGGGAAGGUGAGAUAUGUAUAUAUAUUGAUGAUGUUAAUAAAAAACUGCUGCCAUCGUGGCUUGUAAGAACACAAGAACACACAAGUUUGGUGAACAUUUGAUUGUUAUUCAA